AUGAAAUUCUUAUCAAUCAUAACCAUUCUUUUGGUACUUACCAUUGCGAUCGCACAAGCAAUUCCUGCCACUAAAAGAAAAGCAGGAUCCAAAGUAAUCCCUUUGGGGGUUAGUUUCGAGGAUUCCUACCAGCUAAUUAAUACUCAAUCGAAAAAUGCCACUUCAAAGUUUGAAAAAAAAAUCGCAUCAUUUAAAACGGAGAUUCCAAAAGCCGCAAAAGAGGAUCAAACAGACGAAAAAACCGUAAAGUGGCUAUUGGCCUGGAAUGAGAAAUAUGAGAAACUUGUAGAUGAAUUGGGUGUUACCAAUAAAAAGUUGGACGCUUCAAUCGCAAAACUUCAUAAAAAAUUAAAGGCCUUAAAAGAAUAA